AAGCACCAUGCAAUCGACUCAAUGCAUCGUACGUGCUGCUACCAACACCUCAUGAGCAAGAAACCUGCUCGGACGUAGCUUGGAUGCGAUGAUUCGAGUGGUCGCAACCAAAAUCUCCCGAGUCUGCGAAAAUGUCUACCAACGCAACGAUCUGGGACAAUGAUUACGGGCAUGUCAGCCAAGUCAACUGCGUAUACCCAAUCUCUGGAACAUAUGGCCUGCUCCCACGAAUCUUGUACUAUGUCACCCUGGUCUUUGCCAUCUUCGGACGCAGCAAGGAGUGGCUCAUCAUCGGUGCGCUGGUCAGCGCUUUGACCUACGCCGGCACCGCGGCAAUUCACAUGAUGGCUCUCGUCAGGAACCGUAGAGGUGUCUUCGAUUUAGACAUCGUGGCAGCCUGGGCCGUUCUGAGCACCGGCGCAUUGGCAUACAUUGGCAUCAUCCACUGGAGCUCGACGCUGCGCAACUCGCGGGCAAGGGUUGUCAUGAUCACUUGGGGGUUUUUGAUCGGUACGGCCUUGAUAUUUGGACGAUCGUUACUGUUCACCACGCCGCUGGAGACGCCUGAACCGGCGUGCUAUUCUUCCCGGGGGAAGCUGCUCGAACAACCGAUCGAGUUGAUGAGUCCCGAGUUCAAUUGCACGUAUAAGUGUUUCUCGGUGUCGAGACCGAUGCGACACCGCUAUGAGAUCCAGGUGAUCCCACAUCACUAUUUGGCUAAUCAAUACACCAAGCUGGCUUUCGUGCUGGUUGGACCGAUCCAAUUCGCGGCCUACGCUGCUGUAAGCAUUGAUAGCUUCAAACAUACGCCGUCGGUCAUGUGUCUGCGGUAUAUUAUGAGUCGGUUGAUCCAACCCAGACAUCCGGAUAAGUUGACGAAUGUGGUGUACAAGGCGUCGAUGGAAACGUGGUAUGGGGGCUACUUUGCGCUUCUCGGAUAUAUGCGCCGGGUCAGGUGGUCGUGGGUGAAGCUGUGGUGGGCUUCGUUUCUGAUUCCGUGGUUGACCAUCAGCUUCGUAAUUGACGUUACCUGUCUUCCGCUCAUGAUUACGAAUAUCGUGCUGAACGAAGUCACGCUGUUGGCGGGGAACCUGCCUACCAACGAGUCGAGUAUGGCCAUUGGGCAGUGGGGUCCUAUUGUGGCUGCUACUUUGGUUGUUCUUGCUGCUUGUAUCAACAAGGGAUUGGAGCUGCGGGAGAGACGGCAGAAGGUCAAGGAGCUGGAGAGUCACGGUGCCGCUGAAGACGUCGUAUCUGUGGCAGAUGACGCGGACGAGGGCGGUCAGACGACCGGGAUCGAGAAGCCAAAGCUCGCCCACGUUCAGACCUUGCAAGAUAUGGAGGACUCGAUGAACCGGCCGAAGUGAUGGACAUCAGGUGGUCUGUCGUCUUUGUGGUGUGUCGUGAGGGCCACUUCGCGGUCGGAGUUGGUGCUCAACGAGAUUGGCGUUUUGGUCGGACAGUCUGAGAGAUCACUU